AGCGGCAAGGUGUGCGGGUGGGCUGCAGGGGCGGGAUGCGAGUGGCGUCGCAGCAGCUGAGGCCACGGCCGGACCCCUGGGACUUUUCGCGACUCUAGCCGCUCUUGAGCGGCUUUCACUUUUUGGUGGCAGCCUCUUUCGGUCUCGCGGCUGCGGGCACAGUGUAAGAAGGAAGGAGACGCACCCAUCCCUCGUUCCGCAGCCACGGCCAUGUCCACAGCGGAGGCCGCGGAGACGGCCGAGGCCCGGGAGCCCAUCGGCAGGAUCAAGUUCAGCAGCCCUCGCCAAAUCCCGAUAGUCGGGCUGGUGACGGAGGAUGAGGAAGUGCAGGGUGCCUUCAAGUCUAUGGACCUAAAUCGUGUCAUCAAACUCUUCGAAGAGACUGGUAAAGAUGAUUUGGAAGAAAGACAACUUAAAUCUGUCAAGAAAUUGGUGCAGUGUUACCAAAAUGGAUUUCCCCUAAGGGAUUUAGCACAGAUAUUUAAAAUUCUGAAUCUAUGCGCAGAAAAAAUUAAAACACAGCCCCAUUUUAUAGAACCUGCAUAUAAUAUCAUAAAAUUAUGUGGCUUGCCAUUUUUGAAAAAGAAAGCAUCAGAUGAAAUAACAUAUGCUGAAGAUACUGCUAAUUCAGUUGGACUUUUGGGUGACUUAAUGAAAAUACCAAAUUCUGAAUUGAGGAUUCAAAUUUGUAAGUGUAUUAUUGACUUUUAUCAUGCAGAACCACCAAAAAAGCAUAUUACAGGUUACCAGCAGGCUAGUUCCUCAUAUAAGAUUAAAAUGGCUGAAGUUGGAGGACUGGCAAAAACAAUGGUUCAGUCGUUGGAGUUGCUUGAAAAUCAACUUGUUGAGAAACUUUGGGUACUUAAAGCUCUGCAACAUCUCUCAACUUCUGAAGUUAAUUGUACUUUAAUGGUGAAAGCACAAGCAGCCAGUGGAAUCUGUGCUCACCUCAAUGACCCAGAUCCCUCUGGACAACUUUUAUUUCGUUCAUCUGAAAUACUUUGGAACUUACUGGAAAAAUCUUCAAAAGAAGAAAUCAUACAACAGCUUAGUAACUUGAAAUGUUUGCUGGCUUUGAAGGAAGUAUUUAAAAAUCUGUUUAUAAGAGGCGUUAGUCAUUAUGAUCGUCAGCUUAGAAACGACAUAUUAGUGAUCACAACAAUUAUAUCUCAAAAUCCUGGGGCACCAAUGAUUGAGUCUGGCUUUACCAGGGAUUUGAUAUUAUUUGCAACAUUUAAUGAAGUUAAAAGUCAAAAUCCUUUGGUAAAAGGUGUUAAGGUUUCUAAUUCCUAUGAAGAUUUUGAGUUGAAGAAAUUGCUAUUCAAUAUAAUUGUGAUCCUAUGUAAAGAUUUAUCUACUAUACAGCUAUUAAUUGAUGGCAAAAUUAUUUUGGCUUUGUUUACCUAUGUUAAAAAGCCUGAGAAACACAAAAUACUUGAAUGGUCUGCAGCACAGUAUGAAGAACUACAGCUGCAUGCAAUUGCCACUUUGUCAUCAGUGGCUCCUUUUUUAAUAGACGAGUACAUGUUCUAUACGGGAAAUGCUCGAGUCCUUGAAUUUCUAACAUGGUGUGACAAUGAAGAUUCCUUCUUUAGUCAUGGUAACAGUUUUCAUGGUGCAGGUGGCCGUGGCAACAAGUUUGCCCAGAUGCGUUACAGUUUAAGACUCUUGAGAGCCAUGGUCUACCUUGAGAAUGAUACUAUAAACAAGGAUCUGUGUGAAAAGGGAGCAAUUCAGCAACUAAUAGGAAUCUUUAAAAAUACAAUAAGCAAGUAUAAUGAUAAGGAAGAGGCCAUUCUUCUGGAAAUUCAGUCUGAUAUUUUACUUAUUUUAUCUGGUCUUUGUGAAUAUCAUAUUCCUAGGAAGGAAAUUUUUGGAACUGGAGGAGUGGAUAUAAUUCUUCAUGUAAUGAAAACAGACCCCAAGAAGUUACAGAGUGGAUUAGGCUAUAAUAUACUUCUUUAUAGUACAUUGGACAGCAUUUGGUGCUGCAUUUUGGGAUGUUACCCCUCAGAGGAUUACUUUCUUGAAAAAGAAGGCAUUUUUCUCCUUUUAGAUUUAUUAGCAUUGAACCAAAAAAAAUUCUGCAAUCUAAUACUUGGAAUAAUGGUUGAAUUUUGUGAUAAUCCCAAAACUGCGGCUCAUGUCAAUGCUUGGCGAGGGAAGAAGGACCAGACAGCUGCUAGUCUUUUAAUUAAAUUGUGGAGAAAGGAAGAAAAAGAACUAGGAGUAAAACGUGAUAAAUAUGGGAAGAUUGUUGAUACAAAGAAACCUCUAUUUACUAGUUUCCAAGAAGAGCAAAAAAUCAUACCACUGCCUGCUAACUGCCCAACUGUUGCAGUUAUGGAUGUUGCUGAGAAUAUCAGAGCAAAAAUUUAUGCUGUGUUGGGUAAACUAGAUUUUGAAAAUUUACCUGGCUUAUCUGCUGAAGAUUUUGUCACUCUAUGUAUCAUACAUAGAUAUCUUGAUUUUAAAAUUGGAGAAAUAUGGAAUGAAAUAUAUGAAGAAAUAAAAUUAGAAAAGCUAAGACCAGUCACCACAGACAAAAAAAUUUUGGAAUCUAUUACAGCAGCAUCAGAAAAUAUUGGGAAGAUGGUUGUUUCUCUGCAAAGUGAGAUGAUUGAAAGCCAAGCACGCCAAGAUGUGCAAAAUGAACAAAAAGUAUAUGCAAAAAUACAAGCCACACACAAGCAAAGAGAAUUGGCUAAUAAAUCAUGGGAAAAUUUCUUGGCCAGAACAUCAAAUGCUAAAACUUUAAAGAAAGCAAGAAGACUUCAAGAGAAAGCUAUUGAAUCCUCUAGAUAUGGUGAAAGACCACCAAAUGCAAUAUUUCACAGGACAGAUAUUAAAGGCCUUAACGCAACAGUGCCCUCUGGUGGGGUAGUAACAGUGGAAAGCACUCCUGCCCGAUUAGUGGGAGGACCUCUGGCUGAUACAGAUAUUGCUCUUAAGAAACUGCCUAUUCGAGGAGGAGCCUUACAGAGGGUGAAAGCAGUAAAAACUGUGGAUGAGCCAAAGAAGAGUGAGCCCACAUAAAAUACUCUAAAGGAUUUUUGAAAUAAAUUCCACUUAUAAUUUUUAGCUAAAUAUCCUUAUAUAUAAAUGUAAAGCAACCAUUUUAGAGUAAAUAUUUUAGUAAAAUACUAUUAAAAAUAAAAGUAAGGGCAUAUAAUGUAUUUUUAUUGAAAAUAUCAACAUAUACUUUGAGAAAAGUUGUCAUCAAUUUCUUUCUAAAGAUUACAGUUCUCUUAACUGAAAAUUGUAAAACAUAUUGUAUCAGUUAAGACUCUUUCAACUGAUAUGAGCAGCUCCAACUGGUUUGAGCCAAAACGCAAAACCAAAUAAAAACACAACAAAAAUCAAAUAUAAAACUAAUUAAAACUACAGGUAUUGUUGGAUCCAGGAACUGAAACUCUGUGAGUAGGCUCUUCUCUUUUCCUAGAAGCUCCUGAAUUAUAUUCUCCCAGGUUGAUAUCCAGUAGGAAAGAGUGCAUGCCUACCUCUCAACACUCUCUGCAACUGUCUCUGCAUCUUGGGACAUCUGAUUGGCCACAUGCCCACUCCUGAACCAUUAUGACCUUAGCCAGAUCUGAGAACUGCUUACACCCAGAGCCUGAAGGAGGCCAGUCCCAUCUAAAGCAUAUGGGUGGAGUGGGGAAUCAGGAUAAGUACAUAAGUUGUUAUAAAUAUAUAUAAGUAUGGGCAGCAAAAAUUUUGCAGCAAAUAUGCUGGUCAAAGUAAAAGUUCUUCUCCUAUAAAAACCAAAUGUUAGUUAUAAGCUAAACAAUAAAAAUU